AUGGGUUUAUUCUGACUUGGUGCAAGCAGUGCCUUUUUUGCUAAAUCCAUCCUCCCGUCUUUAAUCGAGCUGAUUGCAAUCGUUCGACAAAGGAUGGAUUAUAACAAAAUUAUAUAUAAUUUUUAAUAAAUUUAAAAGAAAAAUGUAUCAUGCGCUAGAUAUUAAAGAUAGAGUAUGUAAUAUAUUUGCUUAGGUGCUAUAAAUUGCAUCAGAACUGUAUAGAAAUAAAUAAACUAUAAUAUCUCUAAUAGUCUUUAUGAUCAAAGAUAGGUAGUUAGAUUGGGAUGGGGUUUCAUUCUUGACUAUGUGAAAAUCGUUCGAUCAAUAAUUGAUAUAUUUUUUCCAAUCUUAGGAAUUUCAAUGGAAUUGUUCGAUAAAUGAUCUGGAAAGUAAGCUUUUAUAUAACAAAGCGAUUCGGAAGCCUUAUCUUUACAGUAAAUUCUAACUCCCCCCCCCCCCCCGUGAGCGAACAAAACCAUUAGAAAAAUCGCCAUUUUUUGACCAAAAACCCACCCUCCGUGAGUGAACAAAAAUAUUUUUAAUAGAAAAAAAAUUUUGCUAUAUAAGUGAUAAUUAGUAUAAUGAAAUCUAGAGCUAAUUCUGUUUAAUUUUAAACAAAUUGCGUUUUAAAACAUAAAUUUUGCAAAUUAAAUUAGUAUUUGCUUCCCAAUUUUUGCAAAUUAGGAUUUUUUUUUUAAAAUUUCGAAAAAAAUAUUUUUUUAUAAAAUUUAUAUAUAAAUUGUUUUUUAAAAAAAAAAAAUUAACCCCCCCUCCGUGAGUGAACAAAAUUUUUUUGUUCGCUCACGGAGGGGGGGGGGGGGAGUAAGCAGAAGCAUACCAUUAUCCAACCAUAAUGCUAAUGGGAGGAGUAACAAUGGUUUACUAUGAUUGGUAUAGAAGAUUAGCAUUGGAAUAUAUUUGCGAGCUAGAGGAUCUCAAUGACAGGCAGGUUGAAUCAUUAACAUUAACAUUAAUUAGUAUUAUAGAGGCUCGUCGUAUUGGCGCGGGUUUCCCCAGCUCUACCUUCACCCUUCAUGCUUCACCCGGUUGCUCACCACCGGUCGAUCACGACCUUUAAGAUGUUGCUCCUACUGGACGAGGAUGUGCACUCACUACCCGUAGUUGGAUGAGUUACGUCACCCAGUAGUAUAGCAAUUGCCCGAGGAUGGCGCUAUCUUGCGCCAUCCUCGGGCAAUUCCUAUACGUCAACAAAAUUUGAAAAACAAAUUUUCUGGUAGGACUGUCGGCUAAGAUGGAAAUCCAAAACCUGGGACAUAACGCCCAGUUUCACGCUAGGGAGUUGCCCGAUUGAUCAGGAGGUACAGGCAGGUUGAAUCAAGGAGCAAGAUGAUAGCAGAUCCUUUAUUAAAGCCUUAUGAUGCGUUAAAAUCUCAUUAA